CAUAUAACACCCAAUAGCCUUGAAGUCUUGACUACGCGUGAGCUGCACGUCGUGCUAUUGAUUUGGAGUGCUAUGCCAACCGUGGCUUGUUCCCAACCUGGCUUUUCUUCUAGUCGGGAUCCCGCAUCUAAUCAACAAACCUUUCUCCCUCCACACACACUCACGCCCGACGCUCACUCACACACUUCGUGCACGUCCAGCGAACCACCACCUCUCAUAGCCGUCCUGGCGUCACUAUGGCCAUGACUCUAGACACGACGCACCUGCGGUGCCGGCCUCCGUUGAGCUUCCAUUACCAGGCUCCCUUUCAGCAACCCGCCUUCUCAAACAUGUCAUCGUCUUCCUCGCUGCCUCACCCUGGGGCUGGGAGCGGUCUGUUCGUCGAGAACCGGCAGCAACCUCCCAUGAAGCCCGGCAUCAUGGCUGAAAAAUCGCCGCAACUGGGCCGCCGUGCGAGCACUAGCAGUGGUUCGUCGAUGGUAUCAAUACCCGUUGCCACCUCUUCUGCAGAUCUCUUGAGCAUGAACCGCAUGCAAACUACUUCGUCUGCUUACGUAGACCCUUCCUAUACCGCGUCUGCCUCUCCCGCCAGUGGUCAUUUUGCACCGACCUCUGCGGCCCCGUACGACACCGUGGGGUAUGCACCUGCCCCAGUGCUGGCAGCCAACUUCAGUAUGGCUCCCCAGGCCGACUCAACUCGGAGCCAAUCGUCGCUUCAGGAUGAGCGGAGAGGCUUUGCUGAUGCGCUCGAUGCCAGCCAUAGCAUGGUCGCCAUGAGCCACGCAGCCCUUCGGAACAACUACGGCAACCGCAACGAUCGGUCGUCCGUGGAUUCCUACGGCUUCCCCUCGACGCACUCGACCAGCUCCACGAUUUCUUCCACUGGAAACUUCAGCUCUUACUAUGGGGAAGAUUCCGCGUCCGAUUAUUCCACCGCCGGUUUAGAUAUCGAAUCGGUCAAUUCACGGACUUUGCGUAGGGCCCAGGGCUUGAUGUCCUCCCAAAUCCCGCCCUCCCCCCAGUCAAUGAUGGGCCAGUUCAGCGUCAAGGUGUCGUCCAUCCCAGAAAAGAAGCACAAGUGCAAGGUCUGCGACAAGCUAUUCAGGCGCCCAAGCUCGCUGCGGACUCAUUUCUACAGCCACACUGGCGACAAACCAUUUGCGUGCGAUGUUGAAGGUUGUGGGCGGCAUUUCUCCGUGGCAUCUAACCUGCGACGCCAUCGAAAGGUGCACCGAGGCGACCGUUCCCCAGGCAGGCUCCGAGGACCACCAUUCGGACUAAAUUAGAUUUGAGUCCAUGAAAUGUGUUUGGGAUGUCUCGGGGAUUUUACAACACUAAGCUCCUUGGCGCGAGACACCAAAUUCUUUUGCCUUGUCACCAAUCUCGGUGUCGGGGAGUCAGACCUGGGCUGGCAGCCGUUUUAAUCGAUGAACAUACUGGAAUUUGUUCAAAAUGCUCUCAAACAUUGGCGAAUGCUUCACGACAAGCACAGCAUAGAGA